UGUUUCUCUGAAGCACAAACAGGUUCCAGUCAGAAAACAGAGCAGAUUCCAACUGUGUGUUUGUUCUGCAUAAAACUAAAAAAUAAGUCAAAAAUGAGAAAUACAGAACACAAACUAACUCUGUUCCUGACCUUUAUCAAUGUAAUUGUCUGCACUUUGGGAACGGGAAGCAACCCAAAGUACUACAGCUCGAAGUACGGGGUUCGGUGCAAUGAGGAGUGUGACACACAUGGAAAAAGCUACUUAUGGUGCAUGACUGCAAAGGGCUGGGAUUAUUGCUCAACAAAGGAGAAUGUAGACUACACAGGCCAGCCUUGUAGAGAAGACCAUCCCUGUGGGAAGUAUGGCAAGGGUUACCAUUGGUGCUACACCAAUAGUGGUAGCUGGGGUUACUGCGGAAUUCUACGUAAUGCAUCAGAACCAAAGACGCUGUUAUAUAAGGGUUCAUCUACAAUGAGUUUGUGUUGGAGCGACUGUUUGUACGAUGAGAAUAAACAAUACUUCUGGUGUUACACGGAAAAAGGCUGGGACUACUGCUCUCCACUACCUGAGGUCACGUACAAAAAUGAGCCGUGCCGCUUGGACCACUAUUGUGACCCCCAUGAAUAUGCUUACACCUGGUGCCUCACAAACUCAGGGAAUGAUUAUUGUGGUUCUAUCGAACCUGGAGAAUGCCAGUAUGUCAAUAGUGUUGCUGCAAAAGAAAACUCUAAAACAGUGGUUUCCUGCAUAUGGAAGGACACCAAGAAUAACAAAGAGAUCAAGCUCACUGCAGAGCCAGACUUCACAAUAUUUGCUGAAGCUUUCACCUGGAAGAACGAGAUCAUCAACUUCAUCGCACGCUGGAAAAACACCUACUUGAACCCAGAGCCCGGUUCCAAGCUGAUCAUCUCGAACAACCUUAGGUUUGAUGUAAAGAAGCUGGAGAAUGAAGAAGAACAGCAAAUCUACAGCCUGCAAAUCCUGGUGAAUGUACACACCCAGAGUUGGAGGAGCAACAAACUGGCCCAGGUGGUCCUACCAGACUACGAAGAGGUUCCAGAGAGAUUUGUACAACUGGCCUUCUUGGAGAGCUUCCGUCAUCAGUCCAAGAUUUCUGUAGUAAUUAAUGAGUCCAGUACAGAUAAACAAUAAUUAGUUGAAAAAAUGCAUGUUCUUAUUCUUCCUCUCUGAAUCCUCAGUGACACUAGAAAAUCCGGGGUGUCUGUGAGCUCAAGCAUGUGGAAAUAGUCAAAUAAAUUAUUAUUAUUUUUUUAAACAAAAUAUUCUGAAAUCACACAACAAAUCAUAAAAUCACAAGCUUUUAUGAUGCAUUUCUUCAGGAAAAUUUUAUUAAACACAAGUCCAUUGAUUAUUUGCUUACUCACCACAAGAGGUGUAAUUCUGUGCAAGAAAAAGUGUCCAAUUGUUUCUGUACACAAAAACACAACUUGUAAACUUAAAUGUAAAAAACAAAACAAAAAAAUUAUAAAAUGAUUUAA